GACCAUGAUGCAACGUGAAAAACUUACGUACUGGCCGAGUGCGAUGUUAUAAUGAUCACCUAGCUAGAGCGACUUCAGAUGCGGCCGGUAUAAGCAGUCCGCCAAUAAUUUUCGAAAAAUGAAGAUUGCGUUGUUGCUCGGCUUGUUCUUAGUGUCUUGUGCACAGGGUGAAAACGUGAAAAAUAGACCUCCCAACAUAGUGAUGAUACUUGCCGACGAUAUGGGUUCAAAUGACGUCAGCUACAGGGGUUCCGACCAGUUCACCACGUCCAACAUCGACGCCUUGGGUUACAAUGGCGUAAUUCUGGACAGACAUUACACCCAGGCCAUAUGUACGCCCUCAAGGGCGGCCCUGCUAACUGGGAAAAACCCUAGCAGAUUAGGCCUACAAGGGUCUCCCAUAAGCGCGGGAGAAGAUCGCCAUCUACCGCGCAACGUCGAAACUCUCCCGUCCCUGCUGAAAAAUCUGGGUUACGAUACCCACCUGGUGGGCAAGUGGCACCUGGGCGCGGCCAGAAGAGAGGACACGCCCACCAGGCGGGGCUUCGACUCGCACUACGGAUACUGGAACGGAUACGUCGGUUAUUACACCUACGAGGUCAACGCGAGCAAAGCGGACAUCCCUCAGGUACUCCGAGGUUUCGACCUGAGGCAGGGAUUCACGGACGCCUGGGAAGACCGGGGAACCUACGCCACCGACCUGUUCACGCGAAAAACGCUGGAGGUGAUCGAAAAACAGGACAAGAACGUGCCCAUGUUCCUGAUGGUCGCCCAUCUGGGCGUACACACCGGCGACGACGAAGCCGUCGAGGUGAAAGACGAGAAAUCGAUGAACGAAACUUUCGGCUACAUAGAAGAUAUGGAAAGGAGGAGAUACGUUGACGCCCUAAAGCAUCUGGAUGAUUCAGUAGGGAGUAUAGUUGAGAAGCUUCAAGAACAAGACAUGCUCAACAACACCAUCGUGGUUUUCAUGUCGGACAAUGGGGCUCCAGUAAACGGAAUGUUCCACAACGGUGGUUCGAAUUAUCCUCUCAGAGGACAAAAGAGUUCCCUUCACGAAGGUGGCGUUCGGAAUGCAGCUGUAGUGUACAGUCCGUUGCUCGAGACCAAGAACUAUGUCUACACACACCCUGUACAUAUAACCGAUUGGCUUCCUACCCUCUACGGCAUUGCAGGUAAUUCUUAUAUAGAAAGGGUUCUGAUGAACUUACAUGAUGAGAUAAAUUCGAAAACGACUCACCAGAUUAUCAGUUUGGAUAAGUUAAAUUACCAAUUUAUCAUUUCAGGAGGCGACGUGACUGCUCUGAAGAACCUGGACGGUGUCGAUCAAUGGCAAAAUCUCUCUGGCAACAGGCCAAACCGCAGAAAAACCUUCCUGGUUAACAUCGACGAAGCAGUACCUUAUUGGGCCGUGAUAGGUUUCGAGGGCAGGUACAAACUUAUGAACGGAACGCGAGGUGACCUGGACAUUUACGGCAGGGAACCUGAAGUACCCAGCACACUGGUUUACGACGUAUCCUCAGUGUUGGACAGUGCGGCAAACAAAGGUAUCCAAAAAUCUACUCCCGGUAGAACCGGUCUCACUCCAACAACGAUAGAAACACUGAGGAAAACCGCGUCAUCACUAAGGAGGAACAAAAAAUGUCAAGACGUAGACAGGAGGACCAAAAACGAGAUGUGUUCAAGUUUGUGCCUGUUUGAUCUUUUCGAAGACCCAUGCGAAACCGAGAGUUUAAUCAACGACCCUACCAAGAAAUCCAUUGUUGAAACUUUGAUGGUCGAUCUGGAGAAAUUUCGGAAGGAGAUGAUACCUCAGACUAAUUGCAUUGUAGAUGUCGCGUCGGAUCCGGCCAAGUACAACGGAACAUGGUGUACCUGGAAAGACGAUGAAUUGUGCGUGAAAACACCAUUGAAAAUGAGCUAAUUAAAACAUUUGUUACAAAACC